AUGCGGUUCUUCACCCAGUCUUUUCUAUACGACGAUCCCUGGCCUAUCGUGUCACUCGCGUACUUCCUGCGCUACCCGAACCCAUACGCCGGCCACAUCCUAUCCUGCGACGUCGUCUCCCGCGAGUUCACGUCGGCCGGCACACUCCUGACUACGCGUCUCAUCCUCAAGCGGGGCUCUCUCCCACGUUGGGCACGCCAAUUGAUCAACAGGUCGGAGAGCUGGGUCAUCGAGGAGAGCGAGGUCGACCCUCUGGGCAAGGUCGUGAGGUGUAGCACUCGCAACCUCGACCACGUCAAGAUUGUCAGGGUUCAGGAGACGCAGACUUUCCGGCAAAUGACGGACGGCAAAACGCUUCAGACGACCGAAGCAAACAUCGUCUCUCGCUUUGGAUGGGGUCUGACCGGACAAAUCGAGAACCACAGCAUCGCGCGCUUCAAGCGUAACAUUCAACGCUCGCGCGAGGGUCUCUCCGUCAUCCUCGACCUCAUCCGGCAAGCAAGGCUCGAGCCCAUGGGUCUUGCAGGCGCAACAUACUUGCGCCCAGAUAGCGCCGUCCGCUACGCUGCUCCCUCGCGCAAAUUCGACGACGACCCUGAGGCACGGGAUGCCCCACGCUUCAGCUUGCCCGAAAACUGA